AUGUUUGCAUCAGCUCUAUUCCCCUCCCGCGCCUCCUCGUCGACGUCACACCCUGCCACCCACGCUUCCCCUCGUCGACGUCACCGUGCCCCAUUACGUCGCUACUUUUACGUCUUCGAUCGCACUCUUCCUCAGUUGUCUCCCCACCACUCCCCACUCUCCUCACAGGGUUGCCCACUCGAUCGCCCUGGCUUCGUCCUACUGCCGACAUCGUGUUUGAUUGUAUCGCCUUCCGCGUCCCCCACGCUUCCCCCCACCGCCCCCCACACUUCCCCCCACCGUCGCCAACGCUUCCUCCCGCUGUCGCUCACACUUCACUCCGUCGUUGCCCACACUACCCCUCCCGUCACCCACCUUCACCGCCGUCCACGCUUCCCCCCUGUCGCCCACGCUUCCUCCCACCGUCGCCCACGCUUCCUCCCACCGUCGCCCACGCUUCCUCCAACCGUCGCCCACGCUUCCUCCCACCGUCGCCCUCGCUUCCUCCCACCGUCGCCCUCGCUUCCUCCCACCGUCGCCCACGCUUCCUCCCACCGUCGCCCACGCUUCCCCCCACCGUCGCCCACACUUUCCCCCACCGUCGCCCACGCUUUCCCCCACCUUCGCCCAUGGCAGGUGGUGGUGCGGCUUUGGAGCAGAGUGUUGGGCGCACAGCCAGGGCAGCGCGUGCAGGCGGGCAGCAAGGAGUGCAGUGCUGCAGGGGACGGGUUAGGGGAGGCGGAGCGGGGGAGGCGGGGGUUAGGGAGAGAGGGUGCAGGGAUCCUCCUAUCCCCCUUAUACCCUGCCACACUCUUACCUCCUGCCCUCCUCCCUUCCUCCGUUUUGUGGGGGCCCCACAGUCGUCCUCCUCUCCCUCUCUCUUCCACCCUUCCUCCAUCUAUCCCACACUCUCUGCCUCACUACCCUCUUUCCCCUUUCUGUUGCCCGUUCUCCCUCCCUUCCUCCCGCCCUCCCUUCCUGCCAUUCUCCCUCUCCUCAUCCUCCCUCGAUCCAGUCCCCCUUUCCCUUUCCAUUUCCCACUCGCCCACUCCCUUCCUCACGCCAACCCUGCUCCUCCGUUCCACCCAUCCUCUCGUCCGCCCAUCCUCUCAUCCGCCCAUCCUCUCAUCCGCCCAUCCUCUCAUCCGCCCAUCCACUCAUCCCCCUUUCUCUCAUUCGGCCAUCCUCUCAUCCCCCUUUCUCUCAUUUGGCCAUCCUCUCAUCCCCCUUUCUCUCAUCCGCCCAUCCUCUCAUCCCCCUUUCUCUCAUUCGGCCAUCCUCUCAUCCCCCUUUCUCUCAUUCGGCCAUCCUCACAUCCCCCUUUCUCUCAUUCGGCCUUCAUCCUCCCUCCCAACCCUCUGUCUCCUCCCUCACCUCCUCUCCUUCGUCACCACCUCUCCUCCCUCUUCGCCUCCCAUUCCACAUCUCCGCUGUGCAGAUCGUGGCCUCAGCACCCGGGUUUGCUCUGCAUCUGGUGGUGAUGUGAUGGCUGUCUCAUAG